CCCGCUCCGCUCGUCACGCCGGAUCGCGGGGGGGGGGCCCUGCGCCAGGCUUCCCCCGGUGCAGCCACAUCAGCCCAGGGAGGCCGAUCAGAUGCGGGAAGUCGAUUGCUGAGGUCUGGGAGAGACACACCUUCCUCCGGCCCCAGCGCCGCAGAUCCGGGUGCAGCAGACAAGGGGGAACCAGCCCCCAGCGGCGCGCGAGUGGGGGAUCCCCCGCACCUUGGAAGAUGGCCUCCGCCAACGACACCCGGCAGGCCCAGAAAGAUGCCGCCGACCAGAACUUCGACUACAUGUUCAAGCUGUUGAUCAUCGGGAACAGCAGCGUGGGGAAGACGUCCUUCCUGUUCCGCUACGCCGACGACUCCUUCACCUCGGCCUUCGUCAGCACCGUGGGCAUCGACUUCAAGGUCAAGACAGUCUAUAGGAACGAGAAGAGGGUCAAGCUGCAGAUCUGGGACACCGCAGGGCAGGAGAGAUACAGGACGAUCACGACGGCUUAUUACCGAGGAGCCAUGGGCUUUCUGCUGAUGUACGACAUCGCCAACCAGGAUUCCUUCAACGCCGUGCAGGACUGGGCGACCCAGAUCAAGACCUACUCGUGGGAUAACGCCCAGGUGAUCCUGGUGGGGAACAAGUGUGACCUCGAGGACGACCGAGUGGUGGCCACGGAGGAUGGCAAGCGGCUGGCUGAUGAGCUAGGGUUUGAAUUCUUCGAAGCCAGCGCCAAGGACAACAUCAACGUCAAGCAGGUCUUUGAGCGCCUGGUGGACAUUAUCUGCGAGAAGAUGAACGAGAGCCUGGACACCAACUCCACCCUCGUCAGCAACAGCAAGAACGGGGCCCUGACCGAGACUCCGCCCCCGCAGUCCAGCAGCUGCUCUUGCUAGAUAACAGACUCCGCCCACCUAUGGCUCCUCUCUCCUCCCCCCCCCCCCCAACGGUCACAUUGAUGUCAUAGAUAAAUAGGGUGGGAGGUUAUGGGGAGAGGCAGAUCUCUUGGGCUGCUGCCCCAGUGUCUUUGUAUUUGCCUAUGACAACAAUGCAACAGAUCCGCCCUCCCUUUCCUUAUCCCCGAUCCAGGGUUCUUCCAUCCCGGCAACCACGGCCAGCUUAGGGAUGAGGAACGUGAGCCCAUCCACUGGACCUCAGAGGUGGUGGGGCAGGCCCAGGCCCCCCACAGCUGACGCAAAUUGGCCUGACUUCCGUUGACUUUGAUGGCGCUGACGUGGGUGCUACGGAUCCAGCGGGGGUCUGAUGCCUCAGCGUAUGCGCAGUCUCUUGGGAGCGCGUCUGUUAUUAGCCAAGCCCUAGGCGCAGCUUUGCGAAAGGCUGGGGCAUCGAACCCCCGCGUAGAUCUGUGACGACCGCUCUGUGUUUGUAAGAGGACGGAGAGGAGUGCCCGGGGGGAGAUGUGAGGAAGUUUCCUGCUCUGGGCUUGCUGCAGGUUGGUGUGAGGGACGUUUUUCCUCAUGCUGGAAAACAGGUGUUGGGGGAAGGGGGAGAUCCAUUUUCAUCUCAAUUUUCCACUGAACAUUUCAGGUUUUUCCCAGUGAAAAUUCGUGUCCUGAACAUCUUUGACCAAAAGCCGGAGCGACUUAUUCUGAAAUGCCUCCUGGGUGUGGUAGUCCGGGUGCCUUGUGCGCCUGUUCUCUUCUGUAGAGUGGGCUUCUUGGUCAGACUACAUCUCCCACGAUGCACCACUCUCCCUGCUGGGAGAGGAGGGGUUGCAUCAUGGGGGUCCCUGGCCAUGGUGCAUCAUGGGAGACGUAGUCCAACUAAGGAACCCGGUUCAUAGGGGAGAACGGAAGCGUGAGGCCACUGCACUACAACUCCCAUGAGGCACCACAGCAGCAUUUAUUUUCCAAAGCAACUCAACCCCAACUGACUGCUUCCCAUAGAGUCACGCACCCUGUAAAUGGCCAGGGGCCCCUCGUGCGCUCCCCCACCCUGGUGCAUUUGUUUGCACUAGUGUCGAAUGCUCCCAUGGCGGGGUUGCAGUGAAAAUAACAACACAAGGCACCCGAGAGUUGGGCCUCUCUUUUUUUUUCUUCUUUCCUCAAAGCAUCUCUUGCUUUUGGGGUCCUCGGUUUGGGGACUUGCCUAGAGGGCGCCACCUUAAAAGUGCCUGGCACUUUCUGACUAUUGGGUCCCUUUAAGCAGCCUCCGGUUGAGCACCCCAACCCUGGAGGCACCAAAAAUCACUAGUCAUUUGUGUGGGGGGAGAGGGGUAAAUCCAGAGAGACUCCGCUUAGACGCUGACCCUCAGCUGGUGUAAAUGGGCGUCUGGCCCCUCUGACGCCAAUGGCGUGACGCUGGCUUACACCAGCUGGGGAUCUGGGCCUUAAUGUAGAAAAGGGCCAGGGGAGAGACCAGACCAGGGACUGGGGAAAAUGUAGAAUACAUUGAAGGUAUCGGAUCAGUUUGAACCAACCCCUGCAGGGCUGGGAGUCUUGUAAAACCAAAGAUCCUGGGCCUGAUUUUCCCGUUGCACUGAGCCUUGUACGGUGAUUUAUUUACACGAGGAUGUGAGGGGUUAAAAUCAAUCUAAUCUGAUUUGCACUAGUGGUGCAUGGGGGGAGUGGUUGCAGGGGGGUUGCACUAGUGGUGCAGGGCACUGGGGAAUUGGACCAGUGGGGCAGGAAGGGCCAACGGGUAGAGAGACUUUCCCCCUUUUUGGGGUGUUGGUUCCAGGCCGGAGCCCGGCUUGACAGUGACUGAGACCCUAAUCAUGCAGACGACGCGAGAGCUCGCCCCAGGCUUGAGGCCUCGGGAUCCAUCUCUAGUUGAUUCGGCGUCCUACACUGGGAGGGGCUGGUGCGCUGUGGGGAAGUUGAGGCAGGGCUGCCCUAGAGCCAAGCUUCGCAGGGCCUGCGGCCCAGAUCCCCUUGCAGUUCCCAGGGAUUUGAGGACAUCUGACUCCCUUUGUGAUGCCCUCUGCCCCCAGCCUGCAUUAAAUAUCCCCGUCAGCCCCAAAGACUCCAGUGUUGUUGUUUUGGGGAGGUGCCAUGCAGGCACCCAAUGGGGCACCUUCCAGAAAGCUUUAGCUGGCAGAUGGGCCUCGGAUAACCCCCGAGGGAGGAAAAUCACUGGAUUCCCCAUCAGGGGAUGGCUAUGCUUGGACCUGGACCAGGGCAUGAGACUGGGUUGAUCCCCUACUGCUGGGGUCGUGCCACUGGGCUGCUCUAAUUCAUGCUCUGUUUCCCAAGAGCCCCCGCUGAAGCAUGGAGUACCCAUAAUGCAAUGUGGUCCAGUCACACACACCCCCAUACACUAGGUUCAGUGCCCUUAUACCAGCUUCUCAUUGGCUGGGGUAGGCCCUGCCCCUGCACAGUGUGUGUGGGGGUUGGGGAGGCAGGAUUCUCAGGUGGGGCUGUCUCGGCCCACUUUAUUCAGCCUUAACUGAGAAUCAGCCUGUGGAAUCUGGACUCUGUGUGUCAGCUGCCCCAUACUGUACCGGGCCUCAGCUCCUUUAAAAAGGAGUCAAGCGCAUUCCAGGGCGACGUGAAACGCCCCUUGAUGUCCCAGCCCUGCUGGAACACGGCGAGUCUUGGCUGGAAAAGGUACCACAGUCCAUUCCCGUCCCACGCGGCACAGAUCAUUUCCGCCCCUCCGCGGCUAUCGAUUAGCUUCUCCUCGCUGGAGCAAGCUUCGGUGCGACAACCGGCCUCUCCCGGAGUCUGAUCUCGCGUCUUUCCGUGAAGCAAGCGCUCAGGGCUCGGCUGCAGGGACCGGUGCGCUGGGGUGACCAGACAGCAAGGGUGAAAAAUCGGGAUGGGGGUGGGGGGUAAUAGACGCCUAUAUAAGACAAAGCCCCAAAUAUCGGGACUGUCCCUAUAUAAUCGGGACAUCUGGUCACCCUACUGUGCGCCAUCUCUCAGCUCACAAUGUGAUGCUUCCACGCUUCGUGCCCCAGCCGUGCAGAGUGUUUUGGACGUGGGGGAGGGGGGGCAUCGCGUUGCUCAGAUUCCCAGGGGAUGUGCAAUCUUUAAAAACGGAGGAGAGGCCAGUGUCUUAAUUUACAAAAACAAAAGUGCCUUUAGCAAAAGCCAAACUAUUGAUCGGUCACGUGUAGAUAUCCACGCUCCCAGCUAGGCUGUAGCCCAGCGGUAAAUGCCUUGUUUAACCUCAUGCUCUUUUCUUCUUAGCCAGAUCUAUGCCCCCCAAUUCCCAGAAUUAAUUAAGAGAGAGAUGCACAGAGUUCAAGGCCAGAAGGGAUAAUUCACUCAUCUCCUCUGACCUGCUGUGCAUCAGAGGCUGUGAAAUUUCAUCCAGUUACCCCUGUCUUGAGCCAAAGAUAGAUACGCUGGCAUUGGUCUUUAAAAUCCCUUCGGUCAGAUCUCUGUAACGGGGGUGGGGGGUAUAACUGAUGUAGCAUGUGAACAUUGGAAGGGGGGGAUCCACCCCCCAAAAUAGGCCUAAUGAAAUUUAAACCCGACCAAAGUGGGAUUUAGGUAUGACUGGGGCGGGGAUGGUCUUUUUGUUCUGUGUUUGUACAGGGCCUGGCACACUGGGCCAUGACCGGGCUUCUGAGCGCUACCAUAAUAUGCCUA